AUGGCUUAUGGUGCUGUUGGUUGUCUGGAGCUGACAACUGAGCGCCUUUUAAAUUCCUCAAAUAUUUCCAUUGUUCAAAAUUCAUCCCCGCAAAUCUUAAAACAUCUGUACGAUGAGAUUCUUUCAUUAAAAGAAGCUCUGGAAGAAUUCAAUGCAUGGAGGAGCACCAUUAAUAUGAAGAUGGUCAAAACUUUGGAGGCAGAAAUCAUACAUGUUGUAUACAAAUUCGAAGAUGUAAUCGACCUCCAUCUCUCAAAUCAGUUUCAUUCACCACAAUCUGACGAAGAGACCGAUCAUCCUCCGUUAAUGGUUCACUCAUUAGAUGUGGAGGAAAUAAAGCAAGAUGUCGAUUCCUUUAUCGAAACGGUGAAGGAGAUGAAGACGGCCUACAUUCACGAGUUGUGCAACCCUUCGCCCGAAGACGAAGACGAUGUUGUGCCGUCAAGAAUUGAUUUUGAUGGAAAUAAUGAGUCUAACAUGGUUGGUUUAUCUCGUCUAUUUAUGAGGAUCAAAGAUCGGCUUAUAAAUUCAUCACGAUCUGAAAGGAUGAUUGUGUCGCUCUAUGGGAUGGCGGGCAUUGGUAAGACUACUCUUGCCAACAAACUCUUUCAAGAUCCAUUCAUUUCCAAUAGUUACGACACACAUGUGUUCGUCACCGUAGGCCCAAAAUAUCGAGUAGCGGAUAUAUUGGUAGAUAUUCUAACACAAAUGAAUCAUGCUGAUGACAUUAUGCUUAUGGAAGGAGAAAAAAAAUUAGCCGAGUUGAAACGGAUGGUGUUUGAAAGUUUAAUUUGUUGGAGAUACUUGAUUGUGUUGGAUGAUGUAUGGGACAAAGAGCUCUGUUGUGAGUUGGUGAACUUAUUUCCGGACGAGAAAAAUGGAAGUCGAGUAUUGUUGACAACUAGGCUAAGAGAAGUAGCUCAAUGUGCUAACUAUUUAAGUACUUUGAGAAUACCCUUCCUUGAUAAGAAAGAAAGUUGGGAUCUUCUUCGUCACAAGGUGUUUGAUGAAAUGCCCUGCCCACAUGAACUCGAGAAACCUGGAAAGAAGAUUGCAGAGAAUUGUGAAGGUCUUCCUCUUACAAUCAUCACGGUUGCCAAUAUCCUGUCAAAAGCCGACAAGACGAUGGAGUACUGGAACGAGGUAGCGGAUGAUAAACAAAAUUCAGUAUACAAGGAUGCAUAUGAACAAAUGUCAAAGGUACUUUAUCCUAGCUAUGACUACUUAGACCAACAUUUAAAAGCAUGCUUUCUCUACCUUGGAGUUUUUCCACAAAAUUAUUCGGUACAUGGAUACCAACUAAUCAACUUGUGGAGUGUUGAAGGAUUUCUUAACCCAAAACAAAUGCAUUACUCAGACGCAACCGUGGCUUUCGAAAAAAGCACCUAUGCUUAUUUGGAUGAGCUUCAUUCGAAAAAUGUUAUCAUGUACCAUAAAGAAAAACACGGUCAACACCUUCAUUCAUCCUUUUGGUACCUGUGUAACAAAGAAGCUGCCAAGAUCAAGUUUUUCUAUGCCUUCAAUUGUCGUGCCGAUGCUUUACCAGAAGAAGGUAUAAAAUACCAACGCAGAUUGUGCAUUCGCAAUAGUAUUCUAUUUGUGAUUGAAGAUGUACAAGAUUCAAUGGCAUCUGCUGCAACGGUACGCUCUCUCCUCUGUACCGGUGAUUUUCAAGAAUAUCCAGUACCGUUGUGUUUGGAACAUUUAAGGUUGCUCAGGGUAUUGGAAGCUCUUUCUAUUAGAUUCUAUGAGUUCCCGAUGGAAGUAUUGAAACUAGUUCAGUUAAGAUACAUCGCCCUCACUUAUGAUGGAAAUCUCCCUACUUCAAUUUCCAAACUCUGGAACCUCCAGCACUUGAUUGUUGAUCGACAUCUAAGCAUCAUAAAUCGAGGUGGGAAUUUAUCAUAUCUGCCUAUUGAGAUAUGGAAUAUGAAAGAAUUGAAGCAUAUUCAGACCAUGGGAAGCAACCUACCACAUCCUUGUGAAGGAUCUCUCCUACCAAACCUAUUAAAACUAAGAGGCGUCAGUCCUCAAAGUUGUACCAAAUAUGUGCUUCAAAAAAUCCCUAAUAUGAAGGAGUUAGCAAUUAAAAUCGAACUGGCUCCUGAUGCUACUGAGCCGUUGAGCUGCUUUGAUCACAUUUCCCAUCUCCAUCAACUAGAACAACUAGAAUGUUACAUUAUGAAUCCUAUAUUGAAGACAGAGGUUGUCUCCCCACUUGCUCCUCUUUCAGACUUGCCAUCAAGUCUUACGAUGUUAACUUUGAGCGGCUUAGGAUAUCCGUGGGAACAAAUGAGCAAGAUUUCUUCGUUGCCGAAUCUGAGACAUCUCAAAUUGAAAUGCUACGCCUUUCGAGGGCCAAAGUGGGAAGUUCACGACAAUGAAUUCCAAAGAAUCGAAGUUCUUAAUAUUGAAGAUACCGAUCUAGUGCAAUGGAAGUUUGUGACAACAAAUUCCUGCUUCCGUGCGAUUAAGUGGUUUAGCUUCGAACAUUGCUACAAGUUAAAAGAGAUCCCUCUGACAUUUGGUACAUCUCUUGAAUUCAUUGACGUCGCUGACUGCAACCCUAUGGUUGUGGAUUGUGCAAUGGAAUUGAAGAAGGAGUGGGACGACAAAUAUGGCUGUCAUGGACGUCCAUUAGAUCUCAAUGAUUCUUCUUCACUACUGUAA